AUGCACCACACGGCGGUCAUCAUGCUGGGCAGUGGCAAACAUUACAAAGACGCGAAAGCCUUAUGGCUAGAUGUGGCGGCCAUGUUCUCGGCAGCUGGCCGUAGCUUUCAUUCCGGGAAGGGAGGCGGCAGGCUGAAGAAGUAUAUAUGCAAUGGCGCCGCAGCAGGAUGCCAGGCGACCGUGCGCGUCUGCAGGCAGAGGUCGGGAGAGUUCAAGGUGACGUUGUUCAUCCCGGAACACAACGACUGUUCUGGCGGCAAGGUCGGAGCGGAAGCGGCUGCGCUCGAGGGCUUCGCCAGUGCCGCCAUGGUCAGCAACCCGACCAUGAAGGGCACCGACCUCAAGAGGAGCCUGGAGCAGAGCACAGGACUCAGGGUCAGCUACAGCACGGCGUCGCGCCUGAAGGUCGUGGCCACGAGGGCGUCGAAGGAGCAACUGGAGAACGGGUACCGCAUCAUGGACUCGUACUGCACAUGCGGGUUCCCCGCGAGAUUCCAGAUCCCUUGCUGCGAAGUAAUUGCCGUGGCUAGAGGUGGCAAGAUACUUUGCUUUCGAGGAGGACAAGAUGGACGCUGUCAUGACCCUGAUGCACCCGGCCUUUCGCCACAAUACCACCGCCAGACCUACGCCGACGACGCGUACCAGGUCAUGCUGCCUGUGCCGUCCACGCUGGAGGAAGAUGACACGCUGCUACCUCCUCUCCCCGUGGAUGGUCAGGCCGGCGCUCCUAAGAAACUCGGGCCGAAGAAGUUCAAGAGGAUCGCGGGGCGGGGGGACAAGUACGCUUCGUCGUCGUUCAACACGCGAGUUUCUGAACUCGGCCCGGCUGCAUCCGGAACCACGGCGGCUCCCUCUCUGUCGCAGGGGGGUGCCACGGCGGCUCCCUCUUCGUUACAAGGGGGGCGUGCGGGCGGAUCGGUCACGGUCGGGGGGAUGGUGAUCAUUUUGACACGCUGA